UACAGUACACUACACCACGUUCACUCUCUUCAGCUUCUUUUUCUCUUUCUCUUCCUCUCGCUGUUGUCGUCCCUAACCUCCGAUCUCUUCCAAAAUGCUGGUACGCCUCGCCGCCAGUCGCCUCAGUGGGAUCCGCCAGAUUUUCCGUCAGCCUUCUAGGGCUUUCUCAACCGCUCUGAACUAUCACAUCGAUUCUCCCGAUAACAACCCUGACCUUCCUUGGGAAUUCAGCGAUGCUAACAAAAGCAAGGUCAAGGAGAUUUUGUCUCACUAUCCAUCCAACUAUAAGCAAUCUGCAGUGAUCCCUCUGCUUGAUCUUGCCCAACAGCAGCAUGGGGGAUGGCUCCCUGUUUCUGCAAUGAAUGCGGUGGCUAAGGUUGUAGAGGUUGCUCCUAUUCGAGUAUAUGAGGUUGCAACAUUUUACUCGAUGUUUAAUAGAACUAAGGUUGGGAAGUACCAUCUAUUGGUUUGUGGCACAACUCCUUGUAUGAUACGUGGUUCACGAGAUAUUGAAGGUGCUUUAUUGAAGCACUUGGGAGUGAAGCGCAACGAAGUAACUAAAGAUGGUUUGUUUUCUGUUGGGGAAAUGGAAUGCAUGGGAUGUUGUGUAAAUGCUCCUAUGAUCACAGUGGCUGAUUAUUCGAAUGGAUCAGAAGGAUACACUUAUAAUUAUUAUGAAGACGUUACCCCAGAGAAAGUAGUAGAGAUAGUAGAAAAGCUCAGAAAGGGCGAGAAGCCACCGCGUGGCACACAAAAUCCACGGCGGAUUAUGAGUGGACCCGAAGGAGGGAAUACUACUUUGUUGAGUGAGCCGAAGCCUCCUCCAUGCCGCGACCUUGAUGCCUGCUGAGGUCAAGGUGUGAUGCUUUUUGCCUUCAAUAAUUUAAGGCUUGCACGUCUGAUGAGCUUGCCUUGUUUGGGACAUUAUCAAAUUGUUAGAGGCUCAGCUAAAUUUUUUAUGAACCUGCCAGGGGAUGGCUUCCGUAAAAAAAAAAUCUGUUCCAUAAAAUGCCAUAAAUUUGUUGGCUUGUUUCUUACCUACCUGUGUUUAUCUUUCCUUGUUUAUCUGUACUAUGUACAUUAAUCAACAUGAAUGAAAUUUGAGAUUGCGACGAA